AUGUUUAUUUUUGUUCUUCUCUCAUUGCUUAUCUUUUCAAUCGAUGCAUCUGUUCGCAUCAUAGAUGAUUGUCAAUUAGUAAUUGUUGGUGGAUCAACUGCAGCAUUAGGUGCAGUUCUUUCUGCUUCAAAAUUACUUGAUAAACACGUAUGUUUAAUUGAACCAACAGAUUGGGCUGGUGGACAAAUGACAAGUGAAUUAUUAAGUGCACCUGAUUUUGCUGGUUAUAAAUUAACAGAUAGUAGUGGAUUUACACUUGAUGUUGGAGGUAUUAAUCUUCAAUUAGAAAAUCGAAAUCCUUUAUUUACAAAAAUGCUAAAUAUACUUGGAAAUACUGGUCUUUGUUCUGUAUCACCUAUUUGUUCUAUACCUAAUCAAUUUCAUGCUCAAGUUGUGUUACCUUUAAUAAAAAAUCUUCGAAUCUUUUAUAACACUGUUAUUAAACAUAUUGAUAGAGAUAAAAGUGAUCGUCGUAUUAUAAAAAUAGAUGCUAUUCAAAGAACUUCAAAUGAAAAACAAAAUCGAUGUCGUUUAUUAUCCGAAGAAUUACCUGAUUGGUAUUUAUAUGAUAAUAGUUCAUGGUUUAAUAAAACUAAAUUAUCAUUUAUUAACAUGUCAUAUGUUAUUGAAGGAAGUUCAUGGGGUGAAGUAUUAGUUUUAUCUAAUGCAAGUUUUCUUCAAGGUAUUAUGGAAAAAUUUGAUGGUGAUAUAUCUGGUAAUGGAAAUUGGUCAUGUGGUCAAAUGUUUACUAUAGAUUUUCUUGAACAACUUCAAGAAAAACCUACAGAUGAACCACCUAAUCCGUUACCUGAACCAAGUGGUGGUGGUCAAUAUUCAUUAUUAGGUCAUCCAUGGGAACGUGCAUGGACUUAUCGACGUAUUAAUACAUCAUCAACUGAUAUAAAUAUUAUUGCUAUUAAUGAUACAAUUAUUCAAAAUCGUGUGAGAGGAAAUGAUUAUGGAAGAAAAUUUUUUUUCUUAUCACCAAUUGAAGCAAAACGUCAUCGUGAUAUUGAACAAUCAUAUGGUUGGCAUUAUUGGUUUCGUGCAAAUGCACCAAUCGAAUGGGCUAAUCGAACUGUUUUCCUUAAUUCAUCAUCAUGGACAGGUACUUGUCAUGGUUUAGCUAAAAUGCCUUAUUUACGUGAAUCACGUCGUUCAAUUGGAAUAAAUAAUUUUCUUAUGAAUAUUUCAACAAUAAAUGGAAGUGCAUCUGAUUUACACGGAUAUAUAUUUCAUGAUCGUAUAUGUCUUGGUGCAUAUGAUGUUGAUAUUCAUAGAAUGAAAUUAUGUCAGUAUCCUUCAUAUAUUCGACAAAAUUAUUCUAUUCUUCCAUAUUAUAUUCCUUUACGUGCAAUGACGAAUCGAGAUAUUGAUAAUUUAAUUGUUAUUGGUAAAACAAUGGCACAGACAUUUCUUGUUAAUUCAGCGACACGUUUACAUCCAGUUGAAUUUUCUAAUGGUCAAGCAGGUGGUGUAGUGGCAAGUUAUGCAAUUCUAAAUAACUUAGAUAGAGUCGAUCAGAUGCUUGAAGAACAGCAUCUCACACGUUUGCAAGCAUUAAUUAAAACAUUUACACCAAUAUCAUGGACGAUUAAUGGUACUCGUUAUCCUAGUGAUUAA